AUUUCAACGCACUUCACCAACAAAACGGCGCACGAUAAACCUCUGUACGCUGAAAAGGCCUCCUCUCUGGGUCGACAGGAGAAGCGCCUCUUUGCUGGAAAGUCUUCAACUCCAAACCUGGAUCAUCACUUGGAGGCCAGCAAUUCUGGUGGCAAAUUUGUACGUAUGCGCAAUCGAUCAAUGACUGGACCGCUAACCAAGCAGCAAUCUACCUGUCCGUUUUCGACGGGUGCAAUUCGAUCCAUCCACCGAAUUUACACCUGUCAGUCCGGCGUCGAGCGUGACUACUGGUUAAACAAAUUUCGCUUUGUAACAAGUCCGGACCUUUUUUCAAGGCGGCGCCGUGAGAACAGCCUGCAUCUCUGCCUGCAAGAGGUGAAAGGUGUCCCGGAGGACCAACAGUACUUUUGUGAGAUCUACCUGGACAACAUACUUCACGCGCGAACGACAGUGAAGACCAUGAAGGAGAUGCUUGUUUGGAGCGAGGAGUUUGACUUCAGUUUGCUUCCGGAUAUCACCGACGUUAACAUCCUCCUUUGGCUUGUGAAGUCUACCGCUGUCUCUGAAGAGCGCACGCCCACAUCUGCCGCUUCCUUCAGCGAACGCAGUCUCCGACGCGCCAGUCUGGCUCGGAUGGAUGAUUAUGACAGCACUGCUCACCACCACCUGCAGUCUGGGCUGGAUACGCACUGCAUCUCCAUCACUCAUUCGGAUUCCUGGGCCUCUGUCCUAACGGAUGCCUCCUAUUCCUCGCUGGAGCCA